AAAAACGCAAAGUCAAAGUUUUACAUUUGUUUCUAAUACAAUGCUUUUCUUUUUAGGCAAGGCAUGCAGCCCUGGCAUGUUUUCUGUCAAUAACACCUGCUCCAUUUUCUCCACCUUCCUGGUGACAGGCAUCCCUGGGCUGGAAGCUCUUCACAUCUGGAUCUCCAUACCCUUCUGUGCCAUGUUCUUCAUUACCUUGGUGGGCAAUGUGACCAUCAUGAUGGUUAUAUGGAGGGAGCAGACCCUCCAUGUACCUAUGUACCUCUUCCUGGCCAUGCUAGCUGCCUCUGAUCUGGGUCUGUCUCUCUUCACCUUCCCCACAAUGCUAAGGAUCUUCUGGCUGGAUGCCCGAGAGUUGACUCUCUCUGCUUGCUUUACUCAAAUGUUCUUCAUUCACACCUUCCAAGAUUUUGAAUCAGCUGUCAUCCUGGCGAUGGCCUUUGACCGCUAUGUGGCCAUUUCUCGUCCAUUGCACUAUUCCUCCAUCCUCACUAAUAGCAUAAUUGCCAGGAUAGGUUUGGCCAUUUUUGUAUGAACCUUGACUGUACAGGCUCCUCCUCUCAUCCUUUUGAGGAGGCUGCGCUUCUGCCACUCCAAUGUCCUUUCCCAUUCCUACUGCCUACAUCCUGACAUCAUAAAGCUCUCCUGUUCCAACAAUAGAAUCAAUAGCAUCUUUGGAUUGUUUGUGGUACUUUCCACUAUGGGACUUGAUUUUCUCUUCAUUCUCCUUUCUUAUGUGCUGAUCCUGAAAACUGUGCUAAGCAUUGCAUUUCAUGGUGGCCGUCUCAAGGCCCUCAACACUUGCAUUUCCCACCUCUGUGCUGUGGUCUUGUUCUUCACCCCCAUGAUCUGCCUGUCUAUGUUACACCGCUUUGGCCCAAGGCUUCCAUCACACAUCUACGUUCUCAUGGCUAACAUGCACUUCCUCAUUCCUCCAGUGAUGAAUCCCAUUGUCUAUGUAGUGAAAACCAAGCAGAUACGAGAUAAAAUUCUGAAACUUUUCAUCAAAAAAGGAACUGGAGAAUCCCAAGUUGCAUUUAUAUCAUAAAAACAACAACAAAAAAAUACACUGUAGUUCAGUCGAUUCCUGCUCCCAGCAACCCUAUAGGGCAGAGUA